CAGUCUCUCUCUCACAGUGUUGCUGACACCAGUGUCAACACUCACAACACCAGUGCCAACAAUUACAACACGAGGGCCAAUACCAGUUAACAAGCACUGAUAGAAUAUCAGCAGUAACAGGUAGACCAGAGACAGCCAGGAGCUGCAGCAACAGUAGAAGCAACAGGAGCAAUAGUGCCAGCAACAGCAGCACCAGCAGCAAGGGCAGCAGCAGCACUAACAACAGCAACAGCAGUGCUAUCAAUAGCAACAAUAGGAACAACCCUGCCAGCAACAGCAGGAGGAGCAGUACCAGCACGAGGGAACAGACACACCUCCCUCACAUGGCCGGUGCAGGCAGUGCUCGCCCUGGUCGUCACCCACCUUCAUUAAGGAUGGUGGUUGGUGUGGUGGUUGCAGUGGUAGUGGUGGGUCAAGUAGUGGCACUGCCAGGCACCUUCUUCACCAAUGAAGAGAUCAGAAACAAAUGGUUACCCUCAGGUAGCAUCGACGUUCUUACAGGCAUCGACCAACCACUCUGUGAGGCACAAUGUACAGUGCAUCCCAAGUGUAACGCCUACGCUAUUUCGUUGUUUGAGAGGAAGUGUGUGAGAUACAACGCGAAGGUGGGCAAGGCUAAGCCCGUCCAGUACCUCGGAUAUAACCUUUACAUCCUCAAGAAGACUACUGAUGAUGGUUACAACGUGUAUGGUACCAACUACCUGAAACUCUACCUGGAUAGGAAAAAUGCCUUUGACGCCAGCAAAGCUUGUGCUGACGAGGGAGGAACACUGCCUUCAGUAACAGUGAGUAAAGGUUCCACUAUAAUCUGUACCUUGUCCGUAAUUAAUUUCUCAUUUGAUUUGGAAAAAUGA